UCCAAAAAGCCCAGCGAGCUCCUCUGCGCAUCCCUAUCCCCGCUAGAGGGGACCUACCAUAUUUGAUCUGAACUCUGAAGGCGGCUGCAUCCAUGGAGAGCAUGCCGGAGGAGCGGCGGCCGAAGCUUUCUGACGCCGGAGGCGGCGAGGACCGUCUCAGUGCAUUGCACGACGACGCCCUCAUCCAGAUCCUCCUCAAGCUCCGUUGCCUCGCUACAGCCGCCUGGACCAGCGUCCUCUGCCGCCGUUGGCGCCACCUUUGGGCCCUCCUCCCGAAGCUGCACUUCUACAACGCGACAGACCCCCGCCGCAUACGCUCCGCCCUCGCCGCCCACGAGGCCCCGACGCUCCAGGAGCUCGUCGUCGUCCAGCAGGACGCCUCUUUCGGGCCCACAGGGGCGUGGCUCCCCAUCGCCGCGUGCCGCCUCUCCGGCUUACUGUUUUGCCACUAUCUGUCAACAGAGGGUCAGGGCUAGGAGAAGAGCUGCCUUGAAGCUGCCAUGCUUCGAGAGCGCCACCGGGAUCUCUAUGCGGUUAGGGUUCCUCCGCCUUACGCUGCCGCCUUCCGGUGUGUUCGCCCGACUCAGUCUUCUUCACCUCUUUCAGCUCCGGCUGCAUGGUAUGUGUGAGCUCGGUGCCAUUGUCUCCUCGCCGCGGUGCCCAUGCUUGGGUAGACUCGUCGUCGAUGACGUCCGGGGUGUGGGCGGCCUCGCAAUCCACUCGGAAUCUCUUGGACAAAUUGAGCUAUAUAAUCUGCCCGACUUGCAGCAGCUCACCAUCGUGGCGCCAUCACUCCAGCAACUAAAAGUGCAGGAUUGCUUUGCUCCGGUUGCGCGGCAACCAGUUGCCAGCAUCUCAGCCCCACACCUGCUGCAGCUCGCAUGGAUAGAUGAUUAUGAUCAAAACUCCGUCAAGCUUGGCGAGAUGGCACACCUACAACGGCUUGACGUCCAACAAUUUAUCGUAUAUGGAAAGGACUACAUUAUUGCUUCGCACAACCGUAAUUGUGCGCUUCUUUUGCGGCGCUUUGAACGCCUACACAGUCUUGUUAUCACUCUUCAUUGCCCCCCGGACAUAGCUAACAAGAAAUACUUGAUGGAAGAUAUAACAAGGGUUCCUGAUGUUAAAUUAUUGGGAUUGGGCAUAACAGCAUGUGGACAUUCCUUUGGAGCCAGCUUAUUUCAUGUUCUGAGGAUGUGUACUGCAAUAAGAAGGCUGAAUCUUGGUCUUAUCGUCGCACCUGAACACGAGGUAUGCUAUUCUCAAUUUGUUUAUCUGUCUAGGAGUAUUCUCAGUUUGUUGUCAUCUAUCUGCUAUAAUUUUAUGUCCAUCAAACCAGAUCGGUUGGUCUUGUUAAGCCAAUGUGCCCCUUGUUUCAGGCAGAAACUGUGUGCCCAUCAGGUUGUAUAUGUGAUCAGCCGCCAAGCUGGAAAACCAGGGAACUCGUGUUGAAUUGCCUCGAAGAAGUAGAAAUAUUUGACUUGAAAGGAAGUGAGCAUGAAAUCAGUGUUGUGAAUCGUCUAUUCAGUUGGGCACCGGUGCUAAAAAGGAUGACAGUAAAUUUCCAUUACUCGGUCACGGAAAACAAAGCUGAAGAGCUCUGCCAAGUGUUACUAACCUUUUCCAGGCCGGAAAUAUGUAUGAUUUGUAGGAUGCCCAACAUGUCGGAGAAAGUUUUGCAUGCUUAACAAGACACCAAUUUUUCCCCAGUAUCCAUUGAUUGUCAGUUGGGCGAGCAGCUUAUGUGAGACUGGACUAAACUAGUUUAAACUGUAGCGACAAUCUUCAUGUGCGUGUAGCUAGCUGCUAGUUUCCCUCUCCAUGAUUUAUGGUUUGAUACUCAUAUGCUUGGUAUGCAUUUUGUGUGCGGUAACUAACUGUAUGCCUCAUGCCUAUUAAAAUCACAAGA